AUGUUCAUGCGGCAUGACAGACAGUAGAUGGGGACAGCUGAUGGAUGGAGAGAUGAGGUGGAGGAAGAGAGGAAUAAUUGAAUAUGAGAAAGAGAAAGAAUAGUGGGAAGAAUGAGAUGAGUGGCAUGCCUAAGAAGAUGGAACGCUGUUUACAUUCUGGAGAAUAUAUUUGAUAGUUUUUGCAUCUGGCAUAAGUGGUUUUAAAUUAAUGCAAUAGUGAGGGCUAGUGGAAAAGAUAUAAAAAUAUACAUUUGAAAUUGCUGACACGUGAUAAUGUUAAGAUUUGUACUCACAACUCAGGGCGCAAAAGGUCUAUUUGACUCAUUUAGUAAUAGACGCGCACUGACAUUUUGAAAGAUUGCUCUAAUCUAAAAGAAUCCAUUGAGAAAAAGAGAGAGGGAGAGAGAGACUUAGAAUUAGAGAGAAAGAGAGCAAGAGAAAUGGUUGGUGGGGGCUGAUCUGUGGUAAAAUGGUCCAGCGCCUUUCAUUAUGGACUGCUUCUUGUUCAGGUCCCAGGACAAUAACUGCAGUGGUUAUUGUUGGUGUGUCUUGAGGCAAGGCAAUUAGCUUCAUAAGCUUAAAGUAAAGAGAAAGAGUGACUGGGAAGAUGUGCAUUAAAUAAAAUAGUACAUUAAUGAAAGGUUGUGUGUGGUGCAAUUGUGUGCGGGCAGAGAUGACUGCUGCCAUCUUGUGGUAACGUUCUGAGACAUUAAAGUUUACAUGGUUGAUGGGCACUUAUGAGGGUCAACAGCAGUGUUGCCAAGAAUUGGGCUACUUUUACACUGUUGCCGCGGGUUGUUUUGUCAUUUCCGCGGGUUGAAGCGACCCCAAAUAACAUGAUAUUUAGCCUAUGGAAUGCAAAUUUUACCAGGGGAACCCUGCCAAAAACGUGGAUUUUACCCCCCCGCAACGCAAUUUUUACCAGGGGAGCCCUCCUGAAAUGCAAUUGGGCUAGUUUAGGGCUAGUUCUGAGUAGCAAUUGGGAGGGUUUUGUUGUGAAAACCUGGCAACCCAGGUCAACAGGAUCAAGCUGAAAGACCGCUGAAAGCAAUGCAAUGCAAAAGGAAAAUUAAUACUGGUGGACAAACAGUGCUUGGAUGUGUUCAAUUAACUAAUUACAAUUGCAUUCAACAAUGUAUUAAUACAAUUAACAAUUAUAAAUUGAUUAAUGUAUUAAAACCGCAGAAAGAUAUUGCAUACAGGUUGAAACAAUCACUGAAAAUCUGGAAUUUUUAAACAUAAAAUUUCUAUUAUGAAUACAUUUUUCCUCAAAGAAAUGUUUGAUUUAUUAAUAUACUGUUCUGUUGGGUUAUUUUAUUUAUUUUUUUUUUUAAAUUGCUUUAAUAAAUCAAAAAUGACUAAAAAGGUAAUGACGAAAUGAUGACUCGUAUGUCAAAAACAAUAGAAACCCUUGCAGACUUCCAUCAAUCUGAGUUUUAUCAUCCACUUGAUAAACUGGAAGAGAAGCUAAAGCUCCAGUUCUUAGUUUUCCAGGUAUAAUUUUAACAAAAAUCUCAAGUAUAAAAAAUAAAGCCAGAAGUCUAAAGCAUUUCAAGUAGCAAAUGUGGAACACAAAGGCGCAAUUGCAAGAUCUUAUUCUCUAAUUUGUAUAAUCCCUGGAGAAAACGGUGUGUCUGAAAAGUGCCUUCAGAGUCAUAAUCCGUUCUUAAUAGACAUGAUUUUAACAAAACUUUUUUUCUUAAAUACUCUUCACAGCCACUGCUCAUCUGUAUCACAUUAUCACAGAAUGCUGCUCUAUCUUCUGUUCUGGACGAGUCUGUUUCUGUUAAUUACAAACGGUGAAAGAGGAUUCUAUGGGAAUCAGUACGGCGAGUGGAAUGAUUCGCAACUGCAGCCCACCAUACAGAAGCUGAUGAAAGGCUACAAUCGAUACCUAAGGCCAAACUUUAACGGUGAGGGCCAACUGCAGCUGAUUAAAUAUAGAUUAAGAAUUAAAACACGAAUAAUACAAACACGUUUCUUUGUUCCCACAGAGGGGCCUGUUGAAAUUGGAAUGAGUUUGGAUAUUGCCAGCAUUGAUGCCAUCUCUGAGAUUAACAUGGACUACACAGCCACUAUUUUCCUAAGACAACGAUGGCGAGAUUCCCGACUGAUAUUCCCUGGAAAUGAAAGUCUGAGUCUGGACGGACGGCUGGUUUCUUUGCUGUGGAUCCCCGAUACGUUCAUCCCUGAUUCUAAGCGUUCCUUCCUCCACGAUGUCACUGUGGAGAACCGUCUGAUCCGCAUCUUUAGCAAUGGCACUGUGCUCUACGCUCUCCGCAUAACAGCAACCAUCGCCUGCAACAUGGACCUCACCAAGUAUCCUAUGGAUAGACAAGAGUGUACCUUGCAAUUAGAAAGCUGGGGCUAUAAUUUACAGGAUGUGGUGUUUUACUGGACCCGAGGGAAUGACUCAGUGAAGGGGUUAGAUACACUGCGUCUGGCCCAGUACAGUGUAGAGAGCUACUACACAACCAUAUCUGAAGCGGUGUAUGAAACAGGUUCUUACCCGAAGCUAGUGCUCUACUUUGCUUUGCGUAGAAAUGUGCUGUUCUUCAUUCUGGAGACGUAUGUGCCCUCAACAUUGCUGGUGGUUCUGUCAUGGGUGUCUUUCUGGAUCAGUCAGUCCUCCGUACCAGCUCGCACCUGCAUCGGCCAGUGAUUCCAAAAGUUUAUUACUCUAGCAAACGUGCUAUAAAGUUUUUAUAGAAAAACUAAAUAUCAAAUCCAUUUGUUCGACAGGGGUGACUACUGUUCUUACCAUGACCACACUAAU